UGUAAAACAAAGCGAUCCUUAAUUAUUUGUUUUCUCGAAGAUAGUAUAUCUAUUGGUGGUCACAACUGAUGAUUACUUUUAAUCUGAGUUUUGAAAAGACCUUCUAAGUUGUAACCCGUCCCCACCUGUCUCUUCGUUUUCUCACUUAACUUCUUAGAGAAGCCACUGCUUCUUACUUUCCCUCUCACUGCAGCAACUCAGGUAUGUUACUAUCUACAUAGUUACAUACGAUUAAUCUUCUUGUUCAACAAAAAAUAUCUGUUUUUCUUUUGCUUUUGCUUUUUUGUUGCUUUUCUUAUACUAAUUUACCAAGGCACCGAACGUUGCCUUUGAAUCAAACACACUAACAUAUGAAUGCAAUAAUUAACAUAUUUAGAAAGUGUAGUGUGUAACACUGAUCACUCGUCAGAAAAGGAUGUCAUAGCCAUUUGAAACAUACCAGUCAUAACUAAAUUCUUUCUCUCUAUGAUCUCUAGUUAAGCCGAAUUGUAUCAUCAGAAACUGAGAAAUUAAUUCACCCAGAUCGUAGUAGCUAUGGGUGUGCCAUCGUUCUAUAGAUGGCUGGUUAACAAAUAUCCCAAGGUGGUGCAAGACGUGGUGGACCCCACCAUGCAAGAAGACCCAAAUGGAGUGAAGUUUGAUAACUUGUAUCUUGACAUGAAUGCCAUCAUCCACCCAUGUUUUCACCCUGAUGAUCAUGACAAAAUUCCAUUUCCUACCACAUUUGAAGAUGUGUUCAGGAAUGUGUUUGACUACAUUGAUCGGCUUGUUGAAACUGUUAGACCUGGGAAGCUCCUUUACAUGGCUAUUGACGGGGUUGCACCACGUGCCAAAAUGAAUCAACAACGAUCAAGGCGCUUUCGAGCUGCAAAGGACAAUGAAAUUCAAGAAGCUGAGGAAGAGAGGCUGAGGAAACAAUUCGAAACGGAAGGGAAACAAGUUCUUCCUAAACAAGAAUCUGAUGUGUCAGAUUCAAAUAUCAUAACACCUGGCACUGAAUUCAUGCAUGAACUCUCUAAGGCCCUUAAAAGCUAUAUCUCUGCAAGGAUAACCUCUAACCCAUUAUGGAAGGAUAUUAUGGUAAUUCUCUCUGAUGCUAAUGUUCCCGGAGAAGGUGAACAUAAGAUUAUGUCAUACAUAAGAAAACAGCGUAGUCUUGAGGGAUAUGAUCCAAACACCAGUCACUGCUUAUAUGGCUCGGAUGCUGAUCUCAUUAUGCUGGCAAUGGCAACUCAUGAGCCCCAUUUUUCAAUAUUAAGAGAGGAUAUCCUUAUUCAGCAUCAGCACCCAAAAAUUGAUGCUAAGCCUUUCAAGUUUUUGCACAUUUGGUUAUUGAGGGAGUAUCUAGGGACAGACAUGAAGAUAGAAGAUCCUCCUAAGAAUUGCAGCAUUGAGUUUGAGAGGAUAAUUGAUGAUUUCAUCUUCAUUUGCUUUUUCGCUGGAAAUGAUUUUCUGCCCCACAUGCCAACUUUGGAAAUUCACGAGGGGGCUAUUGAUUUGCUAAUGAAUGUUUACAAGAAAGAAUUCAAUAAACUUGGAGGAUAUCUUGUGGACAUGAGCAGGAUUGGGGAGGAACAUGCUGCUUUUUUGAAGUUAUCUAGAGUUGAAAAAUUUAUACUUGCUGUUGGUGCAUAUGAAGAGAAAAUCUUUAAGAAAAGAUCUGAAACACGAGAAAGAUAUCUGCGAAGGCUUAUUAGAGAUAAUGAGGAUGCUAAGCGGGAAGAAGUGAAUGCAGCAUGUUACUCCGAUCUUGAUGAUGAAAAUACUUCUGAUUGUACUCUUCUGAUUAAGAAGGCACCAGAUUCAAAAACUUUGUCUGUUUUGGUCAACAAUGUUUCAGCUACACAUGCUGAAAUUGAGCAGAACACAAAGGAUUUAAAAAAUGAAUUGAAGAGAUGUAUUAGAGAGAAAUGUGACUUGUUUAAGAGCGGGGAUUUCCUAAUAGACAAGAUAAAAUUGGGAACACCUGGUUUCAAAGAAAGAUAUUUUAAAGCAAAGUUUUCUGUAGAGGGACCUACUGACAUUGAGUGCAAAAGAAAAGAAAUAGUCCAGAAGUACACGGAAGGUUUGGUGUGGGUUCUCCAAUACUAUUUUUCAUCAGUUGCUUCGUGGACAUGGUUUUAUCCAUUUCACUAUGGUCCAUUUGCUUCGGACUUAAAGGGCAUGGGUCAGGUGAGAGUAAAAUUUGAAAAAGGUGUCCCAUUUUUACCACUUGAUCAACUUUUAAGUGUUCUCCCCCCGGCAAGUUCUCAUGCACUUCCAAAAGCCUAUUCGCAAUUGAUGCUAGAUGAGCAGUCUAGAAUAUUUGACUUUUAUCCUCAAGAUUUUGAAGUUGACACGGAAGGAAAGCGCUUCAUGUGGCAGGGAAUCUGCAUACUUUCAUGGAUUGAUGAUAAACGGCUUGUGGCUGAAACCAGAGAACUCAAAAAUGAAUUAUCUGAAAAUGAGGCCAUAAGAAAUUCAGUCAAAGCUGAUAGCUUGUUUGUUAGAAGCGCUAGCAAAUUAGCAGAGAAAUUUGGCUCUCUUUCUCUAGACACAAACCUGCCUUGCAAAUUAGAAACAAGAAUGAGCAGUGACGGCAUUGGGGGUAUCCUAAGUCUUUGUGACGAGUUCGUUGAGAAGCCUUGCUUGGACAUUUGUGACAACAAAAAAAAAGAUAGUGUCUUAUGUGUCUAUUACGAGCUUCCUGCUGGUAGUAAUCAUAUUCCUGGUUUACUAUCGGAUGUGAAGCUUCCAGAGAAGACAAUCUUUGAAAGUGACAUUAUGGAAACAGAACUCUGGCAUGAAUGUCAGAAAUAUUAUAGUCGUUUUGAGAGGGUGCAAAAUCAAGACAAUUGGAGGAGUGAAAACACAAGCAAUACUUCAAGGUUUGCCUCAAAUGCAAUUAGCCAACGUACAAGAAUCUUUUCAUCAAACACACCUUUAUUCACUUUCCAAGGUGCUGGUGUCGGAUGGGGUUCGGGUAGAGGGAAAAGAAUUGAUGCAAUGGCAAGUGAGAGUGUGCCAAACAACACAAAACCACAGCACUUUGUGGACAACUUUAGACAACUCAGAAUAUCAGAGUCUAAUAAUCAUUUUCUGAGGCCUGGUGGUGGCAGUUCUCUGUUUCGACCACAUAACAAGGGUCACACGAAUCAGUCAAGAAAUGCUCCUUAUCAUCAAGGCUCACCAUCUAAUAAUGGUUACAUUAAUCAGCCAAGAAAUGCUCCUUAUCAUCAAGGCUCACAGUAUAAUAAUGGUUACAUGAAUCAGUCCAAAACUGCUCCUAAUCAUCAAGGGUCACAAUAUGUGACUGUGCCUAAUUUUGGUCGAGGACAAGGUAGGGGUGCAUCUAGUAACAGUUCAUUGCGGCCUCAAUGGAGUGGUGGAAAAGCUUAUCAAGUGAAAGAUCAAGAUCGUUGGUAAAAUGUUAUCUACUAAAUGGAGCUUGAUGUUGUAGUGGCUGAAGAAUAUUCUUUUUGGUUUGGAAAAUAUUUAAUGGUUAACGGUAUAUUGGUAUACUUUGGUUUUUGCUAAAUGAAAUAGAGGAAAGGAAAUGAGAGAUGUUGAUUUUUUACCUAAUAGCAUUGUGUAUUAGUUUUGGGUUUGGUAUAGUAUAGUUGCAGAUGACUAUUUCAUGGUACAACAUAAUAGGAUAUGUACUAAUUUUUGUAUGUCAUGUUCAUGAGCUCUUUUAACAUCAGUAAGCCUGUGCAUGGUGAUAAGGUCAACUUGUGCUGCUUUUAUGCCUA